CGCUGCGCAGCCAGGAAGUUCCUUCUCUUCUCCGCCCCGCCGGCCGCGGGCGAGCUGGACGUCAGCGCUGCCAGCGUGGAAACGGCGGCGGGGCGCGGGAGGCGGAAGUAGUGCCCGGGAUCGCCGGCCUCCAUCGGGCUCCACCGGCCGCCUCAGCCAUGGAUGCGCCCCUGGAGAAGAUAGCAGACCCUACACUAGCUGAAAUGGGAAAAAACUUGAAGGAGGCCAUGAAGAUGCUAGAGGACAGUCAGAGAAGAACAGAGGAGGAAAAUGGAAAGAAGCUCCUAUCAGGGGAUAUUCCAGGGCCACUGCAAGGCAGUGGACAAGACAUGGUGAGCAUCCUCCAGUUAGUUCAGAAUCUGAUGCACGGAGAUGAAGAUGAGGAGCCCCAGAGUACCCGAAUCCAGAAUAUUGGAGAACAAGGUCAUAUAGCUUUGUUGGGGCACAGUCUGGGAGCUUACAUUUCAACUCUGGACAAAGAGAAGCUGAGAAAACUUACAACUAGGAUACUUUCAGACACUACCUUAUGGCUCUGCAGAAUUUUCAGGUAUGAAAAUGGCUGUGCUUAUUUCCAUGAAGAAGAAAGAGAAGGACUUGCAAAGAUCUGUAGGCUUGCCAUUCAUUCCCGUUAUGAAGACUUUGUGGUGGAUGGGUUCAAUGUGUUAUAUAACAAGACACCUGUUAUAUAUCUAAGUGCUGCUGCUAGGCCUGGCCUGGGCCAGUACCUCUGUAAUCAGCUUGGCUUGCCCUUCCCCUGUUUGUGUCGUGUGCCCUGUAACACUGUGUUUGGAUCCCAGCAUCAGAUGGACGUUGCCUUCCUGGAGAAACUGAUUAAAGAUGACAUAGAACGAGGAAAACUGCCCCUGUUGCUUGUUGCAAAUGCUGGAACUGCAGCAGUAGGGCACACAGAUAAGAUUGGGCGUUUGAAAGAGCUCUGUGAGCAGUACGGCAUAUGGCUCCACGUGAAAGGUGUGAAUCUGGCAACAUUGGCUCUAGGUUAUGUCUCCUCAUCAGUGCUGGCUGCAACCAAAUGUGACAGCAUGACGUUGACUCCAGGCCCAUGGCUGGGUUUGCCAGCAGUUCCUGCUGUGACGCUUUAUAAGCACGACGAUCCUGCCUUGACUUUAGUUGCCGGUCUUACAUCAAAUAAGCCAACAGACAAGCUCCGUGCCCUGCCACUGUGGUUGUCUUUACAAUACUUGGGACUUGAUGGGAUAGUGGAGAGGAUUAAGCAUGCCUGUCAGCUGAGUCAGCGAUUGCAAGAAAGUUUGAAGAAAGUGAACCACAUCAAAAUCUUGGUGGAGGAUGAGCUCAGUUCGCCAGUGGUGGUGUUCAGAUUUUUCCAGGAGUUACCAGGCUCAGAUCCAGGACUUAAUGCCAUCCCAGCGCCCAACAUGGCCCCGUCAGCCGUCAGCCAGGAGAGGCACUCCUGCGAUGCACUGAACCGCUGGCUGGGAGAACAGCUGAAGCAGCUGGUGCCCGCGAGUGGCCUCACGGUCAUGGAUCUGGAGGUGGAGGGCACGUGCGUGCGGUUCAGCCCCCUGACUACUGCGGCAGUUUUAGGAACUCGGGGAGAGGAUGUGGAUCAGCUCGUAGCCUGCAUCCAGAGCAAGCUGCCAGUCCUGACCUGUACACUGCAGCUGCGAGAGGAGUUCAGGCAGGAGGUGACGGGAACAGCAGGUCUCUUAUACGUUGAUGACCCAAACUGGCCUGGAAUAGGGGUUGUCAGGUAUGAACACGCUAAUGAUGAUAAGAGCAGUUUGAAAUCGGAUCCAGAAGGGGAAAAAAUCCAUGCUGGACUCCUGAAAAAGUUAAAUGAACUGGAAUCUGACCUUACAUUUAAAAUGGGCCCUGAGUAUAAAAGCAUGAAGAGCUGUAUUUACGUUGGCAUGGCAAGUGACGACUUAGAUGUUUCUGAACUAGUGGAGACCAUUGCAGUCACAGCCCGAGAAAUCGAGGAAAACUCCAGGCUUCUGGAAAACAUGACAGAAGUGGUUCGGAAAGGAAUUCAGGAAGCUCAGGUUCAACUGCAGAAGGCAAAUGAGGAGCGACUUCUGGAAGAGGGGGUGUUACGGCAGAUUCCCGUGGUAGGAUCCGUGCUGAAUUGGUUUUCUCCAGUACAGGCUUCACAAAAGGGAAGAACUUUUAACCUAACGGCAGGCUCCCUGGAGUCCACGGAACACACAUACGUGUACAAAGUACAAGGCUCGGGAGUAACACCGCCUCAGACCCCCUCAGGCACUCGCACUAAACAGAGACUUCCAGGCCAGAAGCCUUUUAAAAGGUCCCUAAGAGGUUCAGAUGCUGUGAGCGAGACCAGCUCAGUCAGUCACAUCGAGGACUUAGAGAAGAUCGAGCACCUGUCGGGUGGGCAAGAUGCCUCGGAAGCUAACAGCCCUGAGCAGCACCCAGAGGUGCCCACCCCUCCAGAAGCCGAGCAGAUGGGGGCCCUCCAGGACAGGGCCCAGCGCCUGGAAGAUGACUGCCCACAGAUGAGGAAACCAAGGUCCACAGAUUUAAGAUUUACCCAACCUGUAAAUUCUCACCUCUAGUAUUUGCUUAUCAUCUUGCUGCAACCAGAAAUCCACAUGGGGAAAUGGCAUCCAGGAAUAUGGUCCUAUACGAAGUUGUUCUGUCUCUGCAUCGUAAAUACUAAUCAUCUAAAAAAGAACGUUUCAAGGAUAGAAUUUAAGGAAUGUUAUCAGCUUAAACCCUACCUUUAAUGCAAGCUCCAGUGUAGUCUUGAAAUUAAGGCAUUUGUCUGGGUGAUAAGCUUCUUUCAAUUUUUGUCUCAUAGUAACAGAAGCUGCUACUUACUGAAUACUUUGCACCUCUCUGGUACUACACUUUGUGGGAAGCAGACAUUACUUUGUUUAGUUCUAACAACAGUCCCGCAGGAAGAUGGCAUUUUUCCCAUUUUGGUUGGAAACCCGAGGCUCAGAGAGACGGGCCCGUUGCCCAUGGUCACACGUCCGUAAGUGUUAGGGCCAGGCCCAGACCCAGGUGUGUGUGACUGAAGUCCACACUCCUCACUGCUACAUGAAACUCUGCCUCAUUAUUCACACCCCGAGUAACCCUGAAACUUAAAAGUGCACAUGCCGUUGCCCCAUCAAAAGAAGGGAAAAACCAAUUUGUUAAAAUGUUAAUUUGCCAAAUGAUCCAUUCCCUGAAUUCUUAAAGGUGCCAAUGGUAGUUUUCAGCUUCACCAGCAAUGUUCAAUUUUGGUUACUGAGACUGAAAUAUGUCCUGAAUCUUAGCUAAAUCAAGGCUGUUAUGCUACUUGAGAGGCUGCAGAAGGAACCCUAACAAUGUCAAAGGGUUGGCAGAACAGACCACUGAAUCCAGAUAUUUCCAAUGAAAGUGGCAGCAUUUCAUAAGUGAGCAGAUUUCUUUUGGGUGCUCUGAAUGUGAUUUCUAUUUUUUUUUCACACUUUAACCAUUUUAAAAGGAUUCUUUCACCCAUUCCUCAAACAACGUGUAAGUCUUAGGUUUUUAUUUUUCUAACUUUUAAAAUGAAGGUGUUACUUAAUUAAAAAGCACCCUAAGGCAAUCA